AUGGGGAAGCUCAUACGACUUGAGCUGUCAAACUUCAAAUCGUAUAAAGGUCACCAUGUUCUUCUUUUUGGCGAUGCCUACUUCACUUCCAUUAUUGGCCCUAAUGGUUCAGGCAAAUCAAAUUCGAUGGACGCUAUUUCUUUCGUCCUUGGUAUCAGGUCCUCUCAGCUGAGAUCAUCGCACCUGACCGAACUCAUUUAUCGCGGACGUGUAAUCAAGAAGUCUAUCGCUAAUGGCGACGGUGCAGAUGUCGAGGACGAUUCCCAAGUCGGCUCUCAGCGCGAUGAUCCCAGAUCAGCUUGGGUUAUGGCUGUUUUUGAGGACGAUGCAGGCGAAGUGCAAAGAUGGAAGCGUACCAUUACUCAACAAGGCACUUCAGAAUACAGAAUCAACGAUCGAGUCGUUUCAGCACAACAAUACAACGAAGCUCUGGAAGGCGAGAACAUACUGAUACGUGCCCGUAACUUCCUAGUCUUCCAAGGCGACGUUGAGGCCAUUGCUAUCCAAAAGCCACAAGACCUUACACGCCUGAUUGAACAAGUCUCUGGCAGUCUUGAGUACAAGGCUGAUUAUGAUCGUCUGAAGGCUGAGCAAGAAGUCGCAACGGACCAGCAGUCCAUACAAGUCAAUCGCAGAAGAGGUAUCAAUGCUGAAAUUCGACAGUACAAGGAUCAGAAAGACGAAGCCGACAAGUACAUGAACAAGGUCGAAGAGCGUGAUAACGCCAUUGUGUCUCAUGUGUUGUGGAAGCUGUAUCACUUACAACAAGAAAUAAAUAAUUCCAGUAUCGCAAUUCAAAAACACCAGAAUGAGAUUCAGGAACUCAAUCGAGGCUUGGACAGAUACAAUAAAGCGUUCGAAGCAGCUAAGAAAGAACACACGGAAGCUGGAAGGGAGGUUGCCAAAGCUGAGAAGGCUAUAAAGGCUCAAGAAAAAGAAGUUGAGAACCAGGAAAACAAGCUCAUACCUGUUAACGAACAGAUCGAAUUGUCAAACAAACAGUUGACAAAAUAUACCAAUAGAAUACAGACUAUUCACAAAGAGCGGCAAGUACAGGCUGACCAGGUCGAUACCUUGACUCGAGACCUAAGGACAGUUGAAAAGGCCCAGGCUCAAUGGCAAGCUGAGUGGGACCAGCAGCAACAGCAGCGCCAAGGUGGCCAGCUCUCUGACGCUGAUCUCAGGGAGUACAAUCGUCUGCGAGAAGAAGUGAACAAGAGAACAUCCGCUGAUCAGAGUAGAGUGGCCGCGCUGAAAAGCGAACGUGCUCCACAAGAAGCUACCUACAACAACCUCAAGAAUGGCCUCGAAAGUCUGGAAUUCCGCCUACAAUCACUAGAGACUGACCAAACGCGGCUUGAUGGGCGUAAGUCAGACCUGUCACAGUCUGUUGAUCUACUACAAACUGAAGUUGAUGAAAAGCGCAACAAACUGGCUACACUUAAUUCGCAGCGUCUCCAGGUUUCUAGGCAGCGUACGGAGCUGGAAGAGAAGCUACAAGAAGUUCUGCGUAAGAUGAGGGACGCCGACGACGGUAAGCGUGCCAGCGACAAAGAGGUGCGCAUCCGAGAAACUAUAGCCACCUUGAAGAGAACUUAUCCUGGUGUCAAAGGACGGUUACACGAACUUUGCAAACCGAAACAGAAAAAAUAUGGUGAAGCUGUCAGUACAGUCCUAGGUCGCCACUUCGACUCAGUCGUAGUCGACACUGAAGCUACAGCAAAGCAGUGUAUCGAGUAUUUGAGAGAUCAACGUGCUGGCCAAGCCACCUUUGUUCCUCUUGACACCAUUCAAGUCAAAGCUAUUAGCUCGAACAUGAAAGGCCUAGACCCUGGUGUGCGACUUGCAAUCGAUACUGUGGACUACGAUAAUGCUAUCUCACGCGCAGUGUCAUAUGCUUGUGGCAACGCAAUCGUCUGUGACACUCUUGAUGUUGCUAAGCGUAUGGUAUACACUAAGGGCAUAGAAGCAAAAGCUGUGACACUGGACGGCACAGUGAUUCACAAAGGAGGCCUCAUUACCGGUGGUAGGGGCAAGGAGCAAAGCACACGUCGAUGGGAUGAAGCUGAGUACGAGAAGCUCGAUAGGCUCAAAGACAAGCUACUCGCGGACAUUCAUGCACUUCCCCAAGAUCGGACUCAAUUCACAGAAGAGCAAACUAUACAAAACGAGUUGUCCAGCCUAGAGGGUCAGCUGCGAUAUGUCCAGGAUGAAAUCGAAGCACUUACACGAAACAUUGAGAGUAAGAAGAGUGAGACAAAUAACCUGCGCAGACAAAUCAGCCAAGAUCGACCAAGACUUCAACAAGAGAAAGCCAAGCUCGACGAGUUGGAUCAAGAUAUUGAGGAAUACUCUGAUACUGUCCGUAGUGCCGAGGAUGAAGUUUUUGCAGACUUUUGUCAACGCUUAGGGUUUGAUGAUAUCCGAGACUACGAAGCACGUCAAGGAUCGCUGCAGCAAGAAGCGGCUCAAAAGAAGCUCGAAUUUGUCACGCAAAAGAGCAGGAUCGAAGGGCAGCUCAACUAUGAAAAGACUCGUCUGCAAUCAACAGAUGAUCGCAUUCAAGCUCUUCAAGACAAGCAUCAACGUGAUAGGCAGACCAUUGAUGAACUCAAUGAACAGAAACAGGGUUUACAGGAUGACCUCGAAGCCAUGAAGAACGAACUCGAUGAGCUCAACGCUAAACUUGAAGAGCAGAAAGAAAAGCACCAAACCUCAGCAGAAAAGCUCAACAAAUCAAAGGCUGAAGUGCAAAAACGAAGCAGGGGAAUGGAUGCAAUAUUCAAGGACGUUAACAGGUUGCAGGCUGAAGCACAGCGCUAUGGAGCACAGAGAUACGCCUUAUUGCGUCGUUGCAAGAUUGAGAACAUUCAGAUUCCACUUACUGAAGAUUCAGAACCAAUCGAGAACUUGCCAAUAAACGAAAUGCCCUUAUCAAUUGGCACGGAUCCAGACAGCAUGGACGUCGACGACGAGGAUGACGACCAAGAUGAGCCUACAUCGUCUGCUCGACAAACCAAAGACAUUCCCACCUACGGCAUAGAAGUCGAUUAUGACCAGCUGUCAGACGAGCUCAAAGAAGAUGACUCCUCCAACACGGAGAAGCAGCUUCAGGAGAACAUCGAGAGAAUCACGGCCCAACUCGCUAAGAUGACUCCGAAUUCCCAUGCUGCACAGCGCCUCGAAGCAUCAGAAAAACGUCUUCACGAUACCGACGCUGAGUACCGCUCCGUCAACGAGAGAUAUACAGCCUUGAGUAAAGAGUUCAACAGCGUGCGACGUAAACGCAAUGACCUCUUCAACAAAGCUUACGAUCACAUCUCCGAGCAGAUCGAACCAAUUUACAGCAACCUCACACGUUCCGCCGAGUUCCCUGCUGGUGGUCGUGCCUUCCUCUCUGCAGAUCCAGAAGAGCCAUAUCUCGCAGGCAUCAAUUACCACACUAUGCCUCCAGCCAAGCGAUUCCGUGAUAUGGAGCACUUGAGUGGCGGUGAAAAGACAAUGGCAGCACUUGCACUGCUGUUCGCCAUCCAUUCAUUCCAGCCCAGCCCAUUCUUCGUGCUGGACGAGGUUGAUGCUGCUCUGGAUAACGCGAACGUGCAGAAACUGGUGAAUUAUGUGAAAAAGCAUGCAGGGCCAGGCAUGCAGUUUAUCGUGAUCAGUCUUAAGACAGGAUUCUUCCAGGGCAGUGAGGCACUCGUUGGGGUGUAUAGGGAUCAAAAUGCAAACUCGAGCAAGAGCUUGACUCUGGAUCUGAGAAAGUAUUCGUGA